AUGGCGGUGCCGCCCGAGCUGAUCGAGCUGCCCGAGGAUGCCCUGCGCGCCCUCUCCCAGUCGGAGAUCGUCGAUCUCCAAGUCGUCGGCUUCCUGACGGACGGCGGCCUCGACUCGGGUUCGGAGCCAGGUGGUGGUGCCGUCUCUUCCGUCCCUGCCGUCAAGGAGAAGGAGGUUGAGAUGUUUCGCCUGCCAGAGGGGAACCCGUCCUGGGCGGGGAACGCCUUUGAGCCGGACGAACGAUGCUACUCAUCCGACGUCGCGCCCGACCAGGGCGCGGCGGCCAACGUCCUACUCAUCGGUCGCGUCGCCUGCGGCGUGUCGGCGGAGCUCGCCGUUGCUCGUGCAGCGACGGCGGCGCGGCGUGCGUUCCUGCUAGCGCGCAUGUCGAGCAUCCCCGGGCUGCUGCCCCAGAGUGAGGACUUCGGUGGGGUCGCCUCGAUGGAUGCCGCCACUGUCGACAAUUGCUUCAUGCAGCUCCUCGGCCACCCCAACGGCGUCGAGCUGCUGCUCCUCGACCUCGACGGCGCGGAGCGCGCCGCCGCCUCGCGACAGCUUCGGCAGUACGCCGAGAGCACGCCAGACUGGAAUGACGGCCUUCGCGAGGACCUCAUCGCUACGCGCCAGCAGGGCUCCGUGCUCGUGGUCGACCGUGCGACGUGGCAAGCGGCCCAAGCCGACAACCCCUUGGACGGCGGCGCAUCACGUGACAGCCCCGAGUCCCUAGGCAUGGCGGUGGCGCCCUCCGAGGUCGCAAGCAGCAAGGCAAGCGCGCGGCGCCGGCGGCUGUGUCGGGAGGGGGGAAAAAGUCCUGCUAAUAGUUCGACGACGGCGAGCGAGAGCGAGUAG